AUGCAUUUUUCGUGGGUAUUUGAUGUUGGCAAUCGCUAUCCGUUCCAGUGCACAUUCUGUGAUUAUUCAACAUGUCGCAUCCCUGGUCUCAUAUCUCACACAUUGGAACAGCAUGGUAGAAUGGGUAGUAACUUAUUCACUUCGAGUAUACCACCCCAUGUAUUGCAACUAUAUUUCAUUAAAGUUAUCGAAUGCUUUCCACCGCUACAUUGCAGUCGGUCUAUUGACAUGCACCGUGGUAAUUUCAUGAAAUAA